AUGAAGAAAAAAAGAAAAACUUAUCAAAUUCAACAAAAACUGGAAGUUAUUGAUUUCAAGAAUAAUAAUCCUGCUGUUACUCAAGAAAAUUUGGCUCAGCGGUUUAAUAUGCCUAUUGGAGUGAUCAAUUCAACGUUGAAGAAAAUGCAAUUGUAUGGAUCAAGGCGUCACAAACAAAAAAAGAAUAUUACAUUUAAAAGUUGUACUGAUAAGAUAUAUGAACCAUUAUAUGCAUGGAUUCAGAACAAACGUUUCUGUAAUCACACCAUAACUAAUGUAAUGGUACGCGAAAUGGCACUCAAAAUUGCUCAACGAUUUUAUAUUGAAAAUUUCAAAGCAUCUCACCCAUGGAUUUCACGCUUUAAGAAAGAGUAUAAAAUAAAAACACUCACGAUUUCUGGAGAACAAUUAGUGGAUCCCGUUUUGCUUAUAGAUUCAUAUGAACGCUUUGCAGCCAUGUUAAAAAAAUAUGGAUCGAAAAAUUUUUACAACUGCGAUGAAACUGCCCUUUUUUUCAAAUGUACUCCAAAAAAAACAUUAGUUCUUGACUCCGAAUCAAGGGCUUCAGGAAAAUUUUCUAAAGAACGAAUAACACUGUUAUUAUGCACAAAUAUGGAAGGAGAUAAAGAGCAUCCGUUGGUAAUCGGAAAAUUCAAAAAUCCUCAUGGUUUUAAAAAUAUUAAUAUGAAUAAUCUUGGGAUUCAAUAUGCAAAUAGCAAUAAAUCUUGGAUGACCAGUUUAAUUUUUAAAAACUGGGUUGAACGGUUAAAUUCCAAAAUGAGUGUGGAAAAUAGAAAGAUUUUGCUUCUUUUAGAUAAUGCGCCAGUUCACUAUUUUGAUGGCGAAUUCAGUAAUAUCGAAUUGUAUUUUCUUCCUCCAAAGAAACAUCUAAGAUUCAACCAAUUGAUCAAGGGAUUGUGCAUUCAUUUAAAUCGUUGUAUAAAAAAGGAAUGA